GAUUCGUUAGAACGAUUUUGCUGCUAAAAUCCUCUUGCUAGGGUUUAUGGUCGCGGAAGACAAAAAUCAGAAAGCUUUUACACUGCUCUCUGUUCCGACCCAGUGCUAAUCUGCGCGGCAGAAACUACGUCUAACAAUGGGGUCCAAGAACAAAAACUCUAAGAAAGAUUCGAAGAACGAGUCCGCCGGGGCAACCAAGGGUGCGCAGGAUAGCGGGCGCCGGCAUGGGAGUGAAAAGGUAAUCACGGACUCUCGUUUUGCUUCUGUACAUUCCGACCCUAGGUUCGCUAAGCACUCGAAGCACAAGUCGAAGGUCACAAUCGACUCUCGCUUCGAUCGCGUGUUCACGGACAAGAGGUUCUCUUCGUCGUCUGCUCAAAUCGACAAGAGAGGCAAGCGUAAGAAGGACUCUUCUCAGAAUCCUCUCAAACAUUACUACCGCCUCGAAGAAGAAGAGCAGAAAAGCAAAGAAGUAGUGAAGGAUGAAGAUAUUGAAAGUGAUGCGGAAAGCGAAGAGAGCGAGAGUGAGAGGGAGGAGCAAUUGAAGAAACCAGGAGGAAAGUCAUUUGAUGUGGAGUUGAAAAGCAAAUCAGAGGCAUCGGAAUCAGAAAAAGACGAUGAGGAUGAAGAUGUACAGGAUGAGGAUGUAGAGAGCGAUGGAGAUUCUUCAUCAGACACCACGGAUUCAGAGGAAGAAGAUGACAUUGAUUCAGAGGAAGACAAUUUUGUACCGGAGGAAAAUGUACCAGAAAUUGACAAAGAAACUCGCAGACUUGCUGUUGUUAAUUUGGAUUGGAGUCAUGUUAAGGCAGUUGAUUUGUAUGUAUUAUUGAGCUCAUUUCUCCCUAAAGGGGGGCAGAUUUUAUCUGUGGUGGUCUAUCCAUCUGAAUUUGGACUUAAGCGUAUGGAAGAGGAAGCACUGCAUGGUCCAGUAGGCCUAUUUGAUGACGAUAAUGAGCAAAAUGGGAGUGAUGAUGACAAUGAUGAUGAAAUCGACGAAAAGAAAUUGCGUGCAUAUGAAAUAAGUAGGCUAAGGUAUUAUUAUGCUGUCGUAGAAUGUGAUUCAGUUGCUACAGCAGAUUAUCUUUACAAAACUUGUGAUGGAGUUGAGUUUGAAAGAUCAUCCAAUAAGCUGGACUUGAGGUUUAUUCCAGACUCCAUGGAAUUUAAAAACCCCCCUCGUGAUGUCGCAACAGAGGCCCCAACAAGCUAUGAGGGUGUAGAUUUCCAAACUCGAGCAUUACAGCAAAGCAAAAUUCAUCUUACCUGGGAUGAAGAUGAACCACAGCGUGCAAAGACGUUAAAGAGGAAAUUUAAUGCUGAUGAGCUUGCUGAAAUGGAAUUUAAGGAAUUUCUGGCUUCUGAUGAGAGUGAAACUGAUGAAGAUGAAAAUGAUGAUGCAAUGGAAGAUUGUCCUGAAAAGAAACAUAAGAAACAAGAUCUGUACCGUGCUCUACUCCAGUCUGGUGAAGAAUCAGAUGAAGAUGAGGAGGAUCAUCAGGAUAUGGAGGUCACUUUCAAUACCGGCUUAGAAGGUAUAAGCAAGCGCAUACUAGAAAAGAAGGACAAGAAAUCAGAAACGGUUUGGGAGGCACACCUAAGGAAGAGUAAAGAGAAAAAGAUGGCCAGGAAAAAUAGCUCCAAGUAUUCAACAGAUGAUGAGAGUAGUGAUACCGAUCAAGGACCAAAAGAAGAUUUGGAUGACUUUUUUGUUGAAGAACCAUCAAUUAAAGGAAGUAAAGAGGGACGGGGUAAAAGUGACUUGAAGGGGAAGAAGAAACAUGAGGAAGCAGCUAAAGAAGCAGAAGCAAGCAAAGCGGAGCUCGAGUUAUUACUGGCUGACGACAAUGGAGGAGAUGCCAGCUUGAAGGGAUACAAUCUGAAACCUAAAAAGGCCAAGGGAAAGAAGGGAAAAGAAAUUCCCGACGAGGCAAAAAUACCGACAGUUGAUUUUGAUGAUCCAAGGUUUUCAGCUCUCUUCACAUCGCCUCUCUAUGCUUUGGACCCCACAGAUCCUCAAUUCAAAAGGAGUGCGACCUAUGCUCGACAGUUGACACAGAAGCAUCGGAAGGGUGACCAAGAAGAACCCGUACCAGCUCAGUUGCCUUCUGAUGACAAAAAUGAGUAUUCAAGAUCUGAUAAGUUGUCCUCAGAGAAAGAUAAGUAUGAGCUAUCAACGCUGGUUAGGUCAAUUAAGAUGAAGUCCAAACAAGUUCAAAUACCGUCCAAAAGUAAGCUUUCAACAAGAAGUGAAAAAUUGCAAUCUAAGGCCAGAUAGUGAGAGAAUUGCUUUCCUUUCCUCUGGGUUCAAUUGGUUGCCAGAAUAGGCUAGAGUUAUGCUAAAUUGAGAUCUAGAAGAUAACCUUGCUUUGUGUUUCUAAAAAGUGCAGUAAAAGAAAUGGAAUGAGUGUAUAAAGUGACCAGGCAGUUGGCUAAGGGACUACGUGAGAAGAGCAAGAGGUAUCACUAUGUUUCUUGUAAUUUUAUUGAUUUAUCCUGGUGGUCUAGGUUGGAUUUUUCAUUUUAAGUUUAGGAUCUCUCUUCUAUGGCCCUAGGUCCAGAUCACAAUUUCUUGCCGGAAAAGCGAGGAAAAUUUAGUCUCAUCUGUGGUUUUAUAAGAGGAGUUUUUGCAACUGACAUAUAGUUUUGAGUUUGUUUUCUUUGAGUUGACAAAGGCGAUAAUUUAUGGCAUAGAUUCCAAGUUUUUUUUUUU